AAUAUCUCAAGUCUGACUUGAAUUUAGGAAUCUAAUUCGCAUUGAUAGUGCUUGAUGCACCAGUAUAUAUUGUGAUGGUUCUAGACUUUCCCCCCUCCAUAAUUUGUGAACAAAAAUUUCCGCCGUUUCGCGAAUAUUUCCAGAUCUCUUGACACAACCUGCGUUCUUAAACCUCGAGUCCGAGACCAAGUCCCUGGAUACUCCACCUUCCUGGCGCCCUCUCCGCGUGUGACUGCCUACUUGCUGCGGCGAGGCAAAUACUUUUCUUCGCCCGGCAUGUCGUUGGUCGGCCCUAUCGACACCACUCCUCCUCGCGAGCCUCCGAAGCCCGCUGAGCCGUUGCCAGAUGUUCUUGUGACGCCUUGUGCGCCUGCAGCGGCGUAUUAUUUCGAGGGAGGCCUGCGCAGAAUCAAACCGUACCACUUUACCUACAAUACCAACUGCAAAGAGCGGUGGCGGGGUCGGCAGCUGGUGGAGAUUUUCACCACGGAGUUUAGAGAUCGGCCGCCAGAAUAUUAUAAAGAAGCGCUGGAAACGGGCCGCGUAACAGUCAACGGCAAGCAGGCUUCCCCGACGACGACCGUCAAGAACGGCGAUGUCAUCUCACACACGCUGCACCGACACGAACCCCCAGUGAGCGCCCGACCGAUUGGAGUGAUCUAUGAAGAUGACAACCUGCUUGUGAUCGACAAGCCUGCGGGGGUGCCUGUCCACGCCGCGGGCCGAUAUCACUACCAGUCGAUCGUGGAGAUCCUCAAGGCCGAACGCAAUCAUGCGUGGCAACCACGGCCGUGCAACCGGCUGGAUCGGCUGACGUCUGGGGUCAUGUUCAUCGGCAAGACCCCGCGGGCGGCGGACCAGAUGGCCGGCCAGCUCAAGCAGCGCACUCUACAGAAGGAAUACGUUGCGCGGGUCAAAGGCAAAUUCCCCGACGGCGUGAUCGUGUGUGACCAGCCCAUCCUAUCGGUGAGUCCCAAGCUGGGGCUGAACCGCGUGCGCGCCACGGGCAAGGAUGCAAAGACCAAAUUCCGCCGAGUCGCCUACUACCCGCCGACGGCGGCGACGGACGGCGAAGCGGGUCCCCUGACAACCGAGAGCGAAGGGUACAGCAUCGUGCACUGCCUGCCGCUGACGGGCCGUACGCAUCAGAUCCGCGUGCAUCUCCAGUUCCUCGGCCACCCGAUCUCCAACGACCCGAUCUACUCGAACCGCCGGGUGUUUGGGCCCGACCUGGGCAAACUCGACACCAGCGCCGAGCGGGACUCGGAAAUCAUCGACCGCCUCAACGAGGUGGGCAAGUCCGAGGUCGCCCAGGCGCCGGAACCAGUCUCCUACCGCACGCACCUGACUGCCGCCCCGGCGGUGCCGCCGGGCACCGACCCGGCCGUGGUCGAGGAGCUGGUUACGCGCGAGCACGAGGCCGCCACGGCAGAGUACGAGAAGCGCAAGGGCGAGAAACUCUCCGGCCUGGUCUGCGAGAUCUGCGACACGCCGCUCUACACCGACCCGGCCCCGCACGAGCUGGGCAUCUACCUGCAUGCGCUCGCAUAUUCGGACCUCAACGGCGGCUGGGUCUACCGAAGCCAGAUCCCGGAGUGGGCUCUACCCCCACCGGGCAUGGAUGGUCUGCGUGAGGCCCCGGAAUGGGUCCCCGUCCCCGAAGACGAAGAGAUCGUCAUUGGUGGCGGGGAGAUUCCCGAAGAACUUGGGAGUGAUGAUGAGGGAGACAGACCCAAGAAGAGGAAUCCCGUGCCUGCCCUGGUUAGAGGGUUUGGGAUGGUCGAUAUCUCGGCGGAUCGGAUCUAUGCUGAUGGAAGUAUUGCGCCUGAGGGACAAGAAGCGGCGGGAGCUAUUUAAAUUCAUAGAUAGAGUGCAUAGAUUACAUAGAGUGCAUCAAUUGCAUAGAGUGCAUCAAUUUCAUAGAGUACAUAUUACUUGCAAGCACUGCGAAAAUCCAAUUCUUGUCGAUUUGCUCCAUGCAAUCUACGUCUUUCAAGCGUACUCUCGACGCAUUCAGAGAUGGAAGGUAUUGAAGAAUGAAAUUUUUCUUUUAUUUGUCCCGCGCUGGAAUUUACCAAAAGCCAAGCACAAUUCCGGAAUUCGUUAUCGCCACGAGAGAUCUCCACACACCGACAGCACUGUCUACCACAGGAAGAAGAAAAAGGAAAACCCCGUCCGUCAUUAUUGCGUCCAUUUAAGCCUCGGUGGUGACGCGGCCCUUGGGGUUGGUGACCUUGACGCCGAGGGCCUUGGCCUUGGCGAGGAUCUCGACGCGCUUGCGGGAGGAGACGGCGUGGGCGAUC